AUGGACCGGACAAUAUCGCCCCGGAGUGACGGUGGCCCAUCUUCCACAGACCAGUUCCUCAAACUCAUCCAGGAUCCCUUCAAAUCCGCGUUUCAAGUCAACGCCGUCUGGGCUUCCCUGGCCACCUCCGCCGGCUUCGCCGUCAUCCUCGCCCUGCUCUUCUCCCUCUUUCGUCCCCGCCAUUCCGUCGUCUACGCUCCCAAGGUCAAACAUGCCGAUCGCAGACACGCGCCGCCCCCGGUGGGGAAGGGCAUGUUCGCCUGGCUCAAGCCCGUCCUGCGCACCAAAGAGUCCGAGCUCGUCGAGUGCAUCGGCCUCGAUGCCGCCAUCUUCUUGCGCUUCACCAAGAUGUGUCGCAACAUCUUCAUCUGUCUGAGCAUCAUCGGCUGCGGCGUCAUGAUCCCGCUGAACCUCACCCAGAGCAACAUGUCCUCCAGGGACACUCUGUCCGCCUUUGCGACCAUGACGCCCCUCUACAUCAAGACCGAGGCCGCGUGGAGCCAGGUUGUCUGUGCCUGGUGUUUUGACAUCAUUGUUGUUUUUUUCCUGUGGCGCAAUUACAAGGCCGUUGCCGCCUUGCGGAGACGGUACUUUCAGAGCUCUGACUACCAGCGCAGUUUGCACGCGCGCACCUUGAUGAUCACCGAUAUCCCCCAGGCCGCUCGCUCCGAUGAAGGCGUCCUGCGCCUGACCGACCAGGUCAACCCCACCGCGGCCCUGCCCCGCGCAUCCAUCGGCCGCAACGUCAAAGGGCUCCCGGUCAUGAUUAAGGACCACGAGGAGACGGUGCGCCAGCUAGAAUCGGUCCUCGCCAAGUAUCUCAAGAAUCCAGACCGGCUACCGCCCCGGCCCACCAUGCGCAUACCGCGCAAAGAACGGCAGCUACAGCAGGACGGGGGCAAGGUUGACGCCAUCGACUACCUGACGGACCGCAUCCAGCGCCUGGAGGAGAACAUCCGCCACGUGCGGGCCUCGAUCGACAAGCGGAACGCCCUGUCGUUCGGCUUCGUCAGCUGGGACAUGAUCGAGCACGCUCACGCCGUGGCCUACACGGCGCGCAAGAAGCACCCGCAGGGCACCACUAUCCGGCUGGCCCCACGGCCCAGCGAUCUGAUCUGGGAAAACCUGCCGCUGUCGAAACAGGGCCGCCGGUGGAAGCGGUUCGUCAACAUGAUCUGGGUCUCCAUCCUGACGGUGCUGUGGAUCGCCCCCAACGCGAUGAUCGCCAUCUUCCUGUCCAACCUGUCCAACCUGGGACUGGUCUGGCCCGCGUUCCAGACGUCGCUCAACGGCAGCCCCUACGUUUGGGCCGCCGUGCAGGGUAUCCUGUCCCCCGCCGUCACCUCGCUCUUCUACAUGAUCCUCCCCAUCAUCUUCCGCCGCCUGUCGAUCCAGGCGGGCGACGUGACCAAGACCUCGCGCGAGCGCCACGUCCUUAAUCAUCUCUACUCCUUCUUCGUCUUCAACAACCUGAUCGUCUUCUCCCUCUUCUCCGCCGCCUGGACGUUCGUCGCCGCCGUCAUCGACGCCAAGAACCACGACGAGGACGCCUGGCAGGCCAUUCAGGACGGCGAGUUCUACGGCAAGGUGAUGAGCGCGCUGUGCCAGGUCUCCCCCUUCUGGGUGACGUACCUGCUGCAGCGCAACCUCGGCGCCACGGUUGACCUCGUGCAGCUGGUCAGCCUGUUCUGGGUCUGGUUUUCCAAGACCUUCCUCGCGCCGACCCCGCGUCAGGCGAUCGAGUGGACGGCGCCGACGCCCUUUGAGUACGCCAGCUACUACAAUUACUUCUUGUACUACGCGACGGUGGCGCUCUGCUUCGCGACGCUGCAGCCCAUCGUCCUGCCCGUCACGGCGCUGUACUUCGGCCUCGACGUGAUGAUGAAGAAGUACAUGCUGCUGUACGUGUUCGUGACGAAGAACGAGUCGGGCGGCCUGUUCUGGCGUGCCGUCUUCAACCGUAUGGUCUUCGCCACGGCCUUUGCCAACGUCAUUAUCGCUCUGGUCGUCAAGGUCAAGGGCACCUGGACCAUGGUCUACUGCGUUGUCCCGCUUCCUUUCCUCCUGGUCGGCUUCAAGAUCUACUGCAUGCGGACUUUCGAUGCCGACAUCCGCUACUACAACCGCGACAACCUCUCCGACGCGGAGGCCCUAGCGCCGUCCAGUUCCAGCAAGAAGGCCGCAGACCGCCUCAGCUCGCGAUUCGGCCACCCAGCGCUCUACCGGCCGCUGCCCACCCCGAUGGUGCACGCACGCGCCGCCGACGCUCUCAAACGUCUCUACCGGGGGCGUCUACACGCUUCUUUCGACGGGUCCGGCGGCGACUACUCCGACAUCGCGUUGGACCCCAUGACAGCCGACCAGCCCGGCAAGACGAAGUUCGCAGCGGGCACCGCACCACCACCGACCGGCCCCUCGGCGCCCUUCGAAGUCGUCCCAGAGAACCACCUCGACUUUUCGUACUUCAAGGAUCGGCCCGACUUCCGCGACGAGUUCGGCGGCGGCAUCUACGGCCGACCGGAGGACCUAAUGACCGAGCGGUCACAGACGCCGCGCUCCGCCUGGUCACCGACCUCCUCGCGGGCAUCCUCCCCAGCCCCAUCCCUCCCAUCCGUCACCAGCCUCAAACCAUACGAGCCCAGCGACGCACCGGGGUUCGAGCACAUCCACCCCGCCCUCCGACCAUCCCUCUCCCGCGGCGACAGCGGCCCAAUCGUCGGACGGGGACUCUACGCCUCAGAAGACGAGAGCGAAACACGCCUGCUCAGCCAGACGCAGGGACCUCCGAUCGCCGAACCGGUGCCGUUGGCGCGGUGGCGGACGGGUGGAUAUGGGCCUGUUGGACAGGAAGAUCCGGGGACGUCAUACGAGCAGUAUCGGAGGGGAUUAUAA